GGGGUCAUGCCUGCCUACAGCGCUGCAGAUGAUGCUCUGACAACCAAGCUGGUGACUUUUUACGAGCACAAGAAGGAUUCCUCUACCCCUUCUCACCAAGCAACUAUCCUCUUAUUUGACCCAAGAAAUGGUUCUUUAAAAGCUGUCCUAGAUGGCAGUGUCAUUACAGCAAAACGAACAGCUGCUGUUUCUGCAAUUGCUACCAAGUUGCUAAUGCCAGCCUCUGCAGAGGUGCUGUGCAUUCUGGGAGCUGGUGUUCAAGCAUAUAGCCAUUAUGAUAUCUUCAUGGAGCUGUUCACAUUUAAAGAGGUCAGGAUAUGGAAUCGCACUAAAGAGAAAGCAGUGAAGUUUGCUAAUUCAGUGAAUGGUCCAGUGCAGGUCUGCUCUUCUGCUCAGGAGGCAGUUACCGGGGCUGAUGUGAUCAUCACAGUCACUAUGGCAACAACACCAAUUUUAUUUGGAGACUGGGUAAAACCAGGUGCCCAUAUCAAUGCUGUUGGAGCAAGCAGACCAGACUGGAGAGAACUGGAUGAUGAACUGAUGAAGAACUCUGUUCUGUUUGUGGAUUCCAGAGAGGCUGCUCUUACAGAAUCGGGAGAUGUUAUAUUAUCGGGGGCAGAGAUUUUUGCUGAGCUGGGAGAGGUAGUGAAGGGUACAAAACCAGCCUUGCAUGAGAAAACAACAGUGUUUAAAUCGCUGGGGAUGGCAGUUGAAGAUACAGUAGCAGCGAAAUUUGUUUAUGACUCUUGGUCGGCUGGUAACUAA